AUGUUCCUCAGAGGAACUGGAAUCCACAUCCAUUCCUUCAGCCUAGGCGUCCGAAAGAUGCUAGCUGACAUUGGCAAAGACCCGUCGCAGCCCAUUGAUUUCAAUGAGUUCUGCGAGAUGAUGAAGGGGAGGAUGCCCGACAAGAACUCUCGGGUGGAGAUCGACAAGGUCUUUGCCCUCUUCGACGAGGACGAGACGGGCAAGAUCUCCUUCCGCAAUCUCAAGAGAAUCGCGCAGGAGCUCGGCGAGAGCCUUACAGACGAAGAGCUUCAGGAAAUGAUCGAAGAGGCCGAUCGCGACGGGGACGGCCUCAUCAGCCCCGAGGAAUUUUACCGGGUGAUGCGGAAGCGCGGUGGCAACCCACUGGACGACUGGGACAGCGACGAGGACUGA